CUUGGCAAGACCCGCCAGGGUGUUAAGGCAGAAAUGGGGAGGCUGUCAAGAGCCUAAUAGUAAGCCCAAAGCUUUGAUGAAGGCCCCAAGUCCAGACAGAGCGGCGCUUUUUAUUCCUCCCCGCUCUCCUAGUUCUAAAUAGACAAAUAGGUGAUAUCGGGGAAAGGCGAACCCAGAACAAACGAAAUCUCCUAUACCGCCGAUCCAGCCGGCUCUGCAAACACUACAAGGACCACACUGCCGCGCGGCGCCCAGCUGAAGAGUCGCGUGAUCCUGCGCAAACUCAGUGAGAUUCAGUUGCCACCGAGUCCGGAACGACUACAGCAGGAGAUAGACGAGAGCACCCGGGAAGAGUCGGCGCCGCUAGUGCCGGGACCAGGAGCCUCCGCGAGCAAGAUGGCCGCUCCCGAGACCGAGGCCAGGGGGCAGGGGUACUAAGUCCGGACUCGCGUGCCCUUCUCCCGGCCGCCUGCGCCCUCAUCAAGACCUCGCGCUUCUAGCCAAGACAUCUACAUGGAUUAUUCUCGCCGUGGUCACGAGGCCGUUCCAAUAGAGCUCUAGUUGGCCCAGAUUAAGAACUCUGGCAUUUGGCUGCUCUGAGCUGGAACCUCAGGGAGGUCUGCUGCAACAGGUGCGACCCUGACCGCUCCAUGCUCCUGGGCGCGGGGAGGCGUGGCCUCCCCCGGGGCGGCCACCUCUGUUGGUUGCUGUGCGCUUUCACCUUAAAGCUCUGCGAAGCAGAGGCCCCGGUGCGCGAGGAGAAGCUAUCAGUGAGCACAUCAACUUCACCAUGUUGGUUGGUAGAAGAGUUUGUGGUGACCGAAGAGUGUACUCCGUGUUCUAACUUCCAGAUUAAAACGACACCUGAGUGUGGUUCUACAGGGUAUGUGGAGAAAAUCACAUGCAGCUCAUCUAAGAGGAAUGAAUUCAAAAGCUGCCGUUCAGCUCUUCUGGAACAACACUUAUUUUGGAAGUUUGAAGGCAUCGUGGUGGGGGUAGCUUUAGUCUUCGCUUGCCUUGUCAUCAUUCGUCAGAGACAGCUGGACAGAAAGGCUCUUGAAAAAGUCCGGAAGCAAAUUGAAUCCAUAUAGCUGAAUCUGCUGUGUAUGGUGGGUCCCACAGAUGCAUCUCAGAUGGAGAAAGUUCAGGGCUAAUGUGCCCUCAUAAGCCUUGUGGUAGUGCAUCUUCAAUGACUUCCUCUUCCAGGCCAUUAAUGAGCACAAUAAAGAGUGAAAUCGAGCUGGACACGAACAGACUUGUAAUCCCAGCACUUGAGAGAAUGGGGCAGGAGAACCCUUGGUAAAUUUGUAGGCCGGCUAGGCUGAACUACAUAGUAAGGCUGUCUUUAAGAAAACAAAAAGGAAAUAAAGGAGUAAAACAAUUUCCUUCCGUAUAAUAACUUGGCUUGGGGAGGACACGCCUUAAGUCCUAGCACUUGGGCAGCAGAGAGAGGCAGAUCUCUGUGAGUUUAAGGCCAGCUUGGACUAUAUAUGGAGCUCCAGGCCAGCAAGGAAUACUUAGUAAGACUCUGUCUCAAAAAAUGAAUUCAAUUUAAAAUGGUUGCUGAGUUGGCUCAGUUGCUAGGAACUGGAGAGAUGGCUUAGUGGUUAAGAACACUGACUGCUCUUCCAGAGGUCCUGAGUUCAAUUCCCAGCAUCAUUUACCCUUAUAUAAAAGUUCUGGGCUGGGAGAGGGGCUCAGGCAUUAAGAUGUUUGGUGCAGUGGCUAGAGACAUGGCUCUGCAGUUAAGAGAGCUUGCUGCUUUUCCAGAGGACUGUACUUGGUUCCGGGGAAUCUGUUGACAUAUAUGUUAUGUACUCACAUAGAAACACAUACACAUAAUAAAAAUGUUUGGUGCAUAG